AGUUUAAAAAUGUUUUUAAAAAGAUAUGCAUGUUAUCUAGACUGAUAUAACUAUGCCAUUUCAGAACAAAUGCAAAGGAGAAUACGGGCCAUACCAGAUUCAAAAGAGGAGUAAAACAUCUUUAUAAUAUGGUAGUAUGCGCUACGGGAUGUAAUCCUUUAGCUUACAAAGGAUAUGGUUGCUACUGCGGAUUCCUGGGAUCCGGUUAUGUCAUCGAUGGUAUCGACCAAUGCUGCAAGAUGCAUGAUUGGUGUUACGACGCUACGGAAUGUCCUAUGUUCUCGGAAUACUUCGUACCAUAUUACUGGAGAUGUUAUCAUGGUUAUAAACCUGUUUGUGCGGUUGAGCAUGGCAGUUGGGGCGGAUCAGGAUCUUGUGCUCAACGUUUAUGCGAAUGCGAUCGUUCGUUAGCUGAGUGUCUGAAAAGAUAUCCUUGCCCUACUACCAAAGCAGUUUGUACUUCGUCACCAUGGAGACUCGUACAGAAUCUUUUCAUGAUUAUAUAAACAUAUUUUACAAUAAGAGUAACUUAUAAACUAUUCUUUUUAAAUAGCAGGUUACGUUUAAAAACACAAAAAAUUCGCUUUACUUUGUAAGAUUUGACUUUCGAGACAUGAAUCGCAAUACCUAAAAUUCACGACUUAUACAUAUUAUGUUAAAAAAUUAUAUUCUUACUCACACAGCAUACUUUCUUAAGACCUAUAACGUUCUCUGAAAGUCUUUAGAACGUCCUUUGGAAGUAUAUUGUAUGAGUAAAGGCCGAAAAUUCAAAUGCAAGAAAGUAUUGAUUACUCUUACAAAUUACAUAUCUUUAGAGAUACGUAAAAAAAAGGUCACGCUACAAUCAACAACAAUUAUCAUAUUAUAGUACCUAUGUUUAUUUUAUUCGUUCUCUCUACCGUUACUUAAAUCCGUUCUACCAAGGUAAUAGAUUUAGAAUAUACAGAGUGUCCAACGAGACUUCUCCAACCACCCACAGGAAGGUAGAUGGGAUCGAAAUAAACAUAAAAGUCCUUUAUCGUUUAGCAAUAUCCGUAAUAAUAAUCGAGAUAUUAAUGUUUGCAAUUGUACUAAUGAGAAUGCGCCGAUAGAAACGGUUUCGGCCGCUCGAGGUAUAGCCCGGCCCAGUUUGUCAAACGAUGGAUGCGCCGGCAAGAGAGGCAAGAGGGGAAGCGCGCCGUUGCUUAGCGCUCGGCAUCGCCACUCACGCAUCUCACCGCACCACACCAAAGGACUCGCGCGAUUUUUUCCUUUCGAUUUAGAGAAACGACAGAUCACGAUAGAAAUUAAUUAGAUUUUCCGUAGAUUUCCAUAGGUUUCAUCGCCUUCUCUCUUUCGACAUUUUUAUUCAUCGAAGUUUAUUAUGGUUUGUAUUUGUCCUAUUUUUGCAAUAUUAUUAUUACAUAUGUAAUGUAAUCGCGAAUGUGCGUAGCGGCCAUCGCGCGAGUCCUUUGAUGCGGUGCGGUAAGACGUGUGAGCGGCGAUGCCGAGCGCUAACCAACAACGCGCUUUCCCUUUUGCCUCUCCUGCCGGCGCAUCCAUCGUUUGACAAACUGGGCCGGGCUAUACCUCGAGCGGCCGAAGCUGUUUCUAUCGGCACGCUCUCAUUAGUACAAUUGCAAACAUUAAUAUCUCAAUUAUUAUUAUGAAUAUCGCUAAAUGGUAAAGGACUUUUAUGUUUAUUUCGAUCCCAUCUACCUUCCUGUGGGCGAUUGGAGAAGUCUCGCGGGACAUCCUGUACAAGAAUGAAAGGAUUAUAUAUAUAUAUAUAUGUUACGGAACAACAAAAAGAUUAUAUAUAUUACACAAUAGCA